AUGAGGAUUCGCAAGAACGCCAAGCUCUCGUCCCUCCUCAGCUCGAACGCGUCACCUCUGGGGGCUCCCCUCCCCUUGCGCGUGUGCCCGCUCAACCAGUCGCCCUGGGACGUCGUCCCCUUCUCCUUCCCCGAUGCUCUCGCUCCCUCCUCCUCUCUCGCCCAGCUCGAUGGAGGAAAGGAUAGCUUCACCGCCGAUGGCAGCUUGGGCAAUUCCAUUGGAGCCGUUGAGAGCAGCGAGGCCUCGAUGAUGGUGGCGGACACCAAAAGGAAGACUGUUAUUGAUAACAAACUCAAAGGCCACGCCUUUUACAACAUCACUAAGGAGGAUAGGAUGAACAUCAACAACUAUGAAGCAACAAAUGGAGGCGAUUCCGAUGGUGAUUUCAGCUUCAAGUUGUGCUGCAACAAGACUGACAGCAAGUGGUCCCAAUGCAAGAACGAGGCCGUCGAGGGCCACUACUUGUGCGAGCAUCACCUGUCGCGGCUCAAGUCCUACAUUUCUACUGCUGACGGCGAAGACAACACCAAUGCUGACGACUCUGCUUCCAGAAAGCUGGACAAGUCCUCCACCUCCACUGGCCACUGCAGUGGCCAGCCACGUGGGGCGAAGAACUCUUCCUCCUCGGUGGCGGCAAAGUCCAACCAGUUCUACUAUUACUCCGGCUUUGGGCCAUCCUGGGGCAAGAAGCGGAGGAGGGGGUCAAGGGGCAGCCGCCGGCUGACUCCGCUGCAGAUCAGUGGCAAGGGAAUCGAUUAUGUCGUUUACGACAUCGAUGACGAGGACGACACUGAUGACGACAAAGAUAGCAGGAAGAAGCGCAUGAGGAAGCCGGUGAAGGGGCGAUCGCUGAAGUCACUCAUGUGA